AUGACUGACAAUGGUCGCAAUAUUAAAAAGGCAAUUGGUUUAAUAAAUAAUGUUAUGCAUUCAGCUUGUUCUGCUCAUAUGCUUUACCCUAAACAAACCAAACAACUUAAUGAUAUACAAGAAAAGGAAUUGAAAAAAGCAAUCAAUUAUCUUGUUCUUAUGCUGCCAUCUGAAGUAGAAUGGUGUGACCGACUUGAUGCUACUACAAUAUUUUCUAAUUCCAAUUAUCCUAUGUUCAACCUCAUUUAUCCAACAAUGGAGCUACUCAUUAAAAAGUUUGAGCCUUCUGAUGGGCAAACUAAAGCUGAUUAUACAAAUUUGUUAUUUGGAACUACGAAACAAAUAAGUGAUCAAAGUCAAUUAGUUAUUGAUAAUGAAAAUUCUGAUGAAUCAGAUUUAGAAUAUGAGCUUGAGGCACCAAUUAUUUUAGAGCAACUUCGGCAACUUGAUUCACGAUUUAAAAAUCAUCGCUUAAUAGAACCACCUGUUACUACUGUAGAGUUAUAUGAUAUGGUCAAGGCUACAAGUUAUCUUUCUCUCAAAGAGUAUUGGGAAGAUAUAAAGAUAACCACAAUUAAUAUAGUGCGAAGACUCUGUUUUGAGGAAAAACGUCACCAACCUUUGAUUGAAGAAAUUCUAAAAGAUGAUGAAUUUGCUAGAUCUAAUAAUUUAAUGUCAGAUUUAUAUAGUAAUGAAGAAUUAAGUGGUGUAACUAAAGAGAAUGAA